UGAGGGAAGCUGCUGAGGGCCAGUGUUGCGUUCACAUCGUUUCUGCGUCAGCCGCUGCCCGUCAUCCUUUCUGUAUGGUGGAUAUUAUCUUCAGCUCUUCUUUCUUGGAUGAUAUGGGGGAUCAUUCCAAAAAGAAGUCAGGUUUCGCGAUGUGCGUUGGAUGUGGAAGUCAGAUCCAUGACCAGUACAUACUGAGAGUGUCCCCGGACCUUGAGUGGCACGCAGCCUGCCUCAAGUGCGCGGAGUGCAGCCAGUAUCUGGACGAGACUUGUACGUGUUUCGUACGAGACGGAAAAACCUACUGCAAGAGAGACUAUGUCAGGUUAUUUGGUAUAAAAUGUGCAAAGUGCAACUUGGGCUUCAGCAGCAGCGACUUGGUAAUGCGCGCCCGGGACAACGUGUACCACAUCGAGUGCUUUCGCUGCUCGGUGUGCAGUCGUCAGCUGCUGCCCGGGGACGAGUUCUCUCUACGGGACGACGAGCUGCUGUGCCGCGCAGACCACAGCCUGCUGCUGGACAGGAGCGCCACGGGGAGCCCGCUGAGCCCUGGACACAUGCACUCCAACAGACCGCUACACCUCGCAGCAGAUCCAGUCACGGUGCGGCAGGCUCCGCAUCGGAACCAUGUGCACAAACAGUCGGAGAAGACGACGCGCGUGCGGACGGUACUGAAUGAGAAGCAGUUGCACACUCUGCGGACGUGCUACAACGCAAACCCGCGGCCAGACGCACUCAUGAAGGAGCAGCUGGUGGAGAUGACCGGCCUGAGCCCCAGGGUGAUACGGGUCUGGUUCCAAAACAAACGCUGCAAGGACAAGAAGAAGUCCAUCCUAAUGAAACAGCUCCAGCAGCAGCAGCACAGUGAUAAGACUGUAAGCAUCUUCAACCUGCAAGGCCUGACUGGGACCCCUCUGGUAGCGGGGAGUCCUAUUCGACAUGAGAGCACGGUGCAGGGUAAUCCAGUGGAGGUGCAGACCUACCAGCCUCCAUGGAAAGCUCUGAGUGAGUUUGCCCUGCAGAGCGAUCUGGAUCAGCCUGCUUUCCAACAACUGGUGUCGUUCUCUGAGUCGGGCUCUCUGGGGAACUCCUCGGGCAGCGACGUGACUUCUUUGUCCUCCCAGUUACCGGACACCCCCAACAGUAUGGUCCCCAGCCCGGUGGAGACGUGAAACAAGGACUUGUCUUUUUUCUGUGCAUUUUUGUUUUUUUUUACACCUGCAAAAAGACUGUUGCAGCAUGAUCCCAGUCCUCUCCUGCAUGUGAGCAGCUCACCACUUCAUUCAAAAACUACAGCAAGAAAGCAAGAGUCCUUUAUGAUUUUCCAAAACUGGCGUGCACUCGUUUUUUGGUAUUUUGUUGGAGAAUUCAUUGACAGAACUGAUGCAUGAAGAUUUGGAUUUACAUUGCUUACGACGCUUUUGGAACCAUUUCCACUUAAAAGGACAUUCAACAAACCCACCAUUUUCUCAUAUUGUGUCUUCUUCAAAAAGACUUCUUUCUUUUUUUGAUACAUUUUGUGGAGUCAAGUUCAUGACUCUCGUGUCUUUGUCUUAAAAAGGUCUGCAUGAUAAUCUGCAAAAUGAUUCGUGUUGUACAAAUACUUUAUCUUAAAUAUGAAUAAUAAGAAGGCGCAGGUUGUUAAGCUUCUCGAACAAAAAGUAAGUUAUUGUUAUAUUAUUUAUUGUUAGAAAAUUGGUAAAACAAUUAUCAACUGGUACAAAAAAUAAAAAGCUGAGUAUGC